AUGAGGGUUGCCGUCGCCACCACCUCGGUGGCCAUCGCGGCCGAGGUCCGUCGGGCGCUGGCCCCACUGGGCAUCACCGUUGUUCCGCUUCCACUUGCCCGCCCAACGGCCCGCAUGAUCGCGUCGGCGGCGGUGUACGCGCCGCGUGGUGAGCUCGCAACUGGCAACGCUUGCGGUAGCGGUGGCGGUAGCGGUGGCGGUGGUAGAAGCGGUGGCAAUGGGGGAGGCGGGGUGGUGGCGGCAGCGUCGUCAUCGCUGCUGUUGCGGACCGCAAGCAUGCCGAUACCCGGCGAGCCGGGUGCUUGGACGGCCUCGCUCGGCCACGCCGGCGACUCGGACGCGUCGUCGCUGCCCGCCCAGCUUGGGUCUCCCGUACCAAGCUCGUCACGACGGACGGCGUACCACGCGCUGUUGACCGAGCCGGCGCUGCCCGAGCUGGGUCGUGUGCUGGCGACGCCGCGCGCGCCUGCAGUCGCACUGUGGUGCCCGGAUUCGACGCCACGGCUCGGUGCUCUCGUCGCCGGACUUGUCGAGGCCUACCCAGGCGUCCACGUUGUCGACUCGGGUGUAGUUGAUGACGCUGCCCGGUGGCUGGCCUCGGCCUGCUACCCGGUCCCGCGUCCGCUACCAGAGCACAGGCCGUCGCUCAUUCUGUACGCCGAGCCGCGGCACGGAAGCGCGCUCCGCUCGGCACUCGAUGCGUACUGGCACGUGUCACGGACCGAGCUCGGCUUUAACGAUGCUCACCUCUAUGCUAUGCCGCACAUUUCACUCACUUCGUUCUUCAAGGUGCCGUACGGCAUGCGCGACAGCAUGCUCGCUGUCGUCGAGUGGAUGCUCGCCACCUACGGGGCGCCAGCGGGACUCUCUCUCAAUGGCCUCGUCCAGAACGACAUGCACGUUGUGCUCUCGGUUGCCGGCGCUCCGCUCGUCACCUUUGUCGACGCCCUCAUUCCGAUUGUCACCACCUCGUUCCAGCGCCGCGUCGAGAUCAAGCCGAAGACCGCCUCGCACAUCACCCUCGCCAAGAACUACGCCGCCGUCCACUACGUCGACCUCUACGAUCUUGCGCUCCGCCUCGGCCUCGGCCUUGAUCCUUCGACCUCGCCGCACGCCGUCCCGCCGCUCGCCGACUUUGAUCUUGUCCUUUACGAGCGUCUACCCAUCUCGGAAGAAGCGGCCCAUCGCCGUGAGUACCAUCUCCCGUGCGAGCCGCUCCCGCUCGCCGAGCUCGCCCGCUGGCCGCUCCCCCAAGCCCAGCCAUAG